AAGAUUGAAUUGUCAUAUAACAUCAUGAAAAAUUCAAAUGAGAAAAAGUCACAAGUUAUAAAUCAAUACAUAGAUGCUAAAGUGAAUGUGGGGAACAAAGGAUUUUUAGAUGCUUCUAAAGUAAGACCCCGUGUAGCACUUGAGAAAGAAGCUGUUGUAGCAAGUGAAAUGUUGUUGAGAAAUAGGGCUUCUACAAGCUUGGCCAGCCAUGGUUUCAUUAGCUCAAUCCAACCAUGUGCUUUGGCUAGCACCAAACCAUUACCAACAUCAAGUGCAGCUCCAUUUACGAAUUGUCGUAAGCAUGGAUUUGCCUCCUACCUUGCACGUAAAGAGAGUGAACUAUCUGAGUACUACACUCGUGUAGAAAUUCGUUAUCCAAGAUAUGAAGUUAUUCACAAGUACAUGGAUUGUGAGUUGGGAGUUUCAUGAGCAUACGAAUCACCGUACUAAUAUGCUUUUGAGAGCAGAACGGGAAAGUUUCAUCCAUUUGAACGCCGCCGCAUUAAGGGCUAGAUGCCUGGUGCACACUGAAGAGAAGUGCAAAAGGUGCAUCGAGAAACUCAGGGGUAAAGACGUUUACAUGUACUAGUAAUUAUCAAUUUGUGACAUACACACACACAUACAUACUCAUCACACACUCGAUGAUAGGUUUACUUGACUUUGAGCAGAGCAUGUCGUCAAUGAAAGAUUCAUAUCCUUACAUCCACAGACGCACAAGGAAGAAGGGACGGGUCCAGAAUGUUAUCAUUAG